AUGGCCCGCACUCGAGCCCAGACAGCGGCCCAAAGGGGGCGCCCGUUGCCGGCGCCAAAUGAUCAAGGCAGGCGACCCCAGGGCAUCCCGUCGCGCAAAAGCGCACCUCGAAAACUCGAUCGCCUUCCAAAGCAGCCCGCAACCAAACGCGCCGCACGCAAUCGCCCCCGUCCGUCGACCAUCAACGAGACGCUGUCUCAACAAGAUAACACCACGCUUGUGCAAAGUAGAGGUCGUAAGCGCAAGCAACCUGUCGACACCGUUCCCGAGCCUAGCAUCGGCCCAGCCCAGAAGCGACAACGAACAUCCCAUGCACGUCCUGCCGUGCGCACCUGUAACGAACCACCGACAGUCGGCACCUCCGAAAGCGCGACUGACCCGAUCAGAGUCUGGGUAACGGAAGGGCGCUGGCCAGAGGAACAGUGUUGGCCAGAAGAGCCUUCAGAGAAGGUUCCCACCAUGGAGCGUCUACUCGCGCGGAGGAAAUCCUCGUCCUAUCUUUCCCGCAAGCGGUCGAACUCUGCCUCAUCCAUGACACCCAGCGACCAGAAGCCGCGGGAGGAGAAGAGCGCUCCAUAUCGAGACCCGCGCUAUAAGACCUUGCUCGAGAUCAAAGGCAGCUAUAUGACCAAGUCUCCCUUGGACUUGGCCGAUGCCAGCCAAGCUGUAUGCCGGUCCCUUCUAGGGAAGAUGCAGCCAGUUCCUGGCGACACCCUCUUCCGCGACGACAUCUUUGAGGCUACGUGCGAGAAGAUAUACGACAAGAAUGAGGCACGAGUCAUUCAAGAUGUCACUCGGCUCAUUGUUCCUUCGGCCGAAAGUCUUGCUACAUUCGGUGCAAAACAUCUUGACAUCCUGACAGAGAGUGUCAAUGAAGGGUGGAACAACUCGAUCCCCUUCACCAGCACUCGGCCUCAGCCCGACUACUCCGUUGGCUUCAGGCGAGAGGCAUUCACCGAGGAGCAACUCACUAAGCUGUCACCCUUCAUUGGCGACUUUAUCACUGGAGACCAGUCCCUCUUCAUGGCCACAUACUACAUGUACUUCCCGUUCCUGACGUGCGAGGUGAAGUGUGGCGCUGCGGCGCUCGAUACGGCGGACCGCCAAAACGCCCACAGCAUGACCCUUGCAGUGCGGGCCACUGCUGAGCUUUUUCGUGCUGUGAAUCGCGAGGGCGAGGUCCACAGGCAAAUCCUUGCGUUCUCUAUUUCACACGACGAUAGGUCGGUACGGAUCUACGGCCAUUACCCGGUGCUGGAUGGGAAGGAUAUCAAGUACUACCGCCAACCUAUCCGUACCUUCGACUUUACAGAGCUGGACGGCAAGGAGAAGUGGACGGCAUAUCGCUUUACCAAGAAUGUCUACGACACAUGGAUGCCCGCGCACUUUAAGAGGAUCUGCUCAGCUAUCGACCAGUUGCCGUCCGAGUCGAACUUUGACUUCCCCUUGCCCCCAGAAACCGGGCUAUCACAGGAUCUGGAGAGCUUGAUGCAGUCUGAUGUUCCUUCGGCUUCUCUGCCUAUUGACCGGGAUAACCAGUCGAGCAACGCCCGCCAAGCACAAGCGGCGACUCCAGGCACCUCAUUCACCGAGCCCCAAUUGACCAAGAAGAGGAGGGGGGCAAAGACGUAG